GAAUGAAUGCACACGUGUGGUGAGGGUUGCACGUGUGAAUGAAAGAAAACUCCUGCGGCGGUUGGGGAGAGUGAGAGAGUGGAUACGUCAACAACAGUAGUUGAGCCUAGUUGAGAAUGAGUGUGUUUGCUUCACGCAAAGCUCUUUCUCUUUGUCCUUUGUAUAUUACAUUUUAGAAAAUCCACAUCCUUUUGCCGUUGCUUCCAAGCUUGAGCCACUACCUUCACCCUCAUUAGUACAAUAGUACUGUUUUCUCAAAUAGUAAACGCCACAAGAUCACCAUUAGCGUUUCGUUAAAUUAAACUGUAACCCGAACUAAUUCCCUAGUAAUUUAUAUGCCACAGUGUGCUAGUUAUAGAAUUCUAGUCGUAGAUGGAAAACAUAAUUUUUAAUCAAGAAUGAUAAUUUGUUGCGAACCUAUUGGUCAAUUGUUAAUUUAUAUUUUGUAGCUUGUGUGUAAAUAUUUUUGAAGUCUCUGUAUACUUAUUUAUCUUCAAAACUUUAUUUCUGCAUCUACAAACCUUUCUUUCUUUUUUUUUGUAAAACCCUAUGCUAUAUACUUUCAUUUUUAACGAUUCCAGAAAAAUUUGAAAGCAACUAUAUAUAUGCACAUCGAAGAAAUAUAAAUGACCCACCACUAAAAGCAAGACAUGAUUUUCUUGCCUGACACCAUCCUCUAUGCUCUGCAUUAACUAUACAAAAAAACAAUAGAGCAUAAACUACCCUAUCACUUUAUAUCUCUCUCUUUGAAUAUAUAAUUGGUCGGCGACGACACUUCUUCAUCUUAUCUCUAUCCAAGCAAAGCAUUACGUCUUGUUGAAAAAUAUGAGCGGAAGCACCCCUAGCGGUGGAAGUCCGUGCGGCGCAUGCAAGUUUCUCCGGCGUAAAUGCGUGGCGGAAUGCAUCUUCGCUCCCUACUUUGACGCAGAGGAAGGGACGGCUCAUUUCGCGGCGGUGCACAAGGUUUUUGGGGCCAGCAACACCUCUAAGCUCCUCUUGAUGAUUCCAGCCAACCGGAGACCUGAAGCCGUCGCAACACUUUCUUACGAGGCUUUGGCUAGGCUUCGCGAUCCCGUCUACGGAUGCGUUGGUCACAUCUUCGCCCUUCAACAUCAGGUGAUGAGUCUCCAGGAAGAGCUAGCCGUCGUCAAGACUCAGCUCACAACCCUUGAACGCCUCCCUCCGCAGCCUAAACAACAAAACAAUUCACAGACAGAAGCAGCCUCUUCAACCAAAGCUCCACUCAUUGCUACUGCCGAUCAUAAGAAGAACAACGUGUCUUCCUCCUUGUUACACAUUUAUGGUAUGUCACAAGAACAGCAGCAACAACAACCACAGGAAGGUACUGAGGUCCCAAACGAGUCAGUGGAUUUUAGCACAUUAUUGGGCCUGGAAGAUUCAUUGGACAGGGACGGUGAUCUCAACACACUUGCCCGUGAAUUUGUCUCUAAGUAUUUGACCGAUGGCAAAUACCGAUCAUCUUCUCCAAUAUAACCCUAUAUAUGUUAACUUCAGACGUCUCUGUUUAUUUUGUACUGACCGGACUGCCGAGUAACUCAAAUCAUCUUUUAAUAGAUUCUAUCUGAUUUGCAGCGCAA